AUGCAGGCGACGCAGCGGACACGCUGCCAAUCCCCGGCGACCUCGGCCUGGAGUACUUCGACCUGUGCCCUAGGCUUCGGAUAUCUCGGAUUCUUCCAGCAGACCUCGCACUUUGUCCUGGCGCACAGGCUGUGCGACCUCAGGCUCCGCGACUUCCUGCUGGACUACCCAGCGCGGGGGCAGGAGGCUGGCCUGUGCCUGUCCUUCCUGGACCCCGCGUGCUGGAUGUACUUCUACGCGCACGCCGUGCCCACCGCGGAGCAGUGGGAGCAGGCCGUGCAGAGCGGCGAGGCGCCGGCGCAGGUCGGGGGCUCCGCCGGCCACGUGUCCGGCGAGGUGCAGGUGGAGGACGGCGACGAGGCGCUGGCGCGCGGUCGUUUCGCCGAGUUCGCCGCGCUCGACGGCGGCCUGACCCCGGGGAGGCUGGCGCGGUGCCUGGCCUACUUCCGCCACAGGAUGGAGGUCUCGCUGGUGAAGGGCCACACUUGGAAGGUCGACCAGCGGGACUUCGACGGCAUGGUGCUCGCCGCCGCCACGCCCGCCUUCGAGGGCCUGCUGCGGCGCCGCGCGGCCGCGGGCGCGGAGGCCGCGGCCGCGGCUCGCGACCUCGUCUGCCGCGUCUGCCGGGAGCGCGCGCUUGGGCUGCAGCGCGACUUCGAGGUGGAGGUGCUCUGGCUCCGACCGGCCGAGUUCAUUGGGGAGCAGACGUGCUGGACCAAGACUUGGAGGAGCAGGUGGCGGAGCUCAUCCGCCUGGCCGGCGCCCACCUGGCGGCCGGCAGCGGCGAGGCGGCUCGGCUCGCCGCCGCCGAGGCCCUCGCCCUCGCCGAGGUGCUAG